AUGAGUGCCAAUAAACACGGACAUUCCGAAAAGAGCUCCACAGAGGCAAUGGAUAGUGACUUGCCUGACUCCCUUCCUUCUUCCUGGAGCGAAGCUUUAAGCGGUUGGGACGGGCCGUGUGACGGGGAGCAGGUUCAAAAAAAACAGCGGAGAGAAAACACGACCGCUCAUCCUUCAGAUGCUGUGCAGACAUCUGCAAUGGGAGUUUCGUUACUGCUUGGUGCCCCACAUGCACCUCCUUCUUCCGCGCCGCCAACAAUAGUUGAGCGCAGUGUGCUUUCUUCUAAACGUCUCCAGCCCCUCUCUGCGGUGUGCAUUGACGUUGAAACAACUGGCAUUGCACCCACGAAAGACGAGAUAAUUUCUAUCGCGGUCGUUGAGUUGCUCUUCGGUGCGGCUGGUCACAACCAGUGGGAGUUGAGCGGCCGUUCAUUCCACCGCUUAGUGAAGCCAACUAAAAAAGUUUCUUCUUCUGCUUACAGGGUGCACAAAUUGACAUCAAAGGUGCUUGAACGCCAACCACCUUUUGCAGCCAUCCUUCCAGAUUUAGCCGCGUUCUUGUCCGAUGUUCGGAGCGGGUCCACAUCGACAGCAGCGGGAGAUAUCCAUUACAAAGGUCCUGGCGGUACUAAUAAUGUUGAGCGUGUACCUCUCAGCAGUGGUGGAGCUGCUGCGACCGUCAGCGUAAGCAGACCCUCUUUCCAGGUUGAAGGAUGUGCUGCAAAGGUUGGUGGUUUCCUCACGGCGCUCCAAUCGUCAUGUCGCAACAACAGGACACUUGUAUUCCCGCCUGUUAUAGCCCAUAAUGCUGCCUUCGAUAGGAACUUCCUGUACCAAAGUGCACUUCGCAAUGGUUGGGAAGUGGUGUGGGACAAGCAAUCACCUCUUACCUGCACGAUGUCAAUGUUCCGUGCGUUGUAUCCGGAAUGUCCUACGAAUUUAACCAAAGCAUGUAGCUUGGCUGGCAUUGACGCUGCUGGAAGGGAGGACCGACACGAUGCUUUACAAGAUGCCCAACUGUGCGGACAUUUAUUUAUUUACUUAACUGAAGCUUGGAAAUCUUGCUCCAAAAGGGAUCCCGAUAAUACGGAAACUGUAUAG